AACUUGGCCUGUGUCUGCCUGUGUGUGUGUGUGUGUGUGUGUGUGUGUGUGUGUGUGUGUGUGUGUGUGUGUGUGUGUGUGUGUGUGUGUGUGUGGCAGAUGGCCACGCGGUGAUGUCAGAAGUUGUCAGAUGGUGAGGGUUUCUCUGGACGCGGAUUUAAAUGUGAACGCGUGUGAAAGCUGUUGUCUGGCCCGUUUUUAUCUUUAUAGCCGGUUGUUCAUACAACCACCGACACCUUUUCAUAAUCCUCUACACUUUCUUGGAAAAACAAAGUUUAUAACUCGUGUUAUAACUCCUAACUCGGACUUCGCUUGAGGGUGCUUUGGAUCUCCAGAUUUGCAUUUGGACUAAGGAUUGUACAACGAUAUGUAAAGAACAAUAUACUCAUUCCCUGUAGAGAUGUACAAGGAUGACAUGUACACAUUUCCCGUGAGAGGCUAAUUUUUCAUUUUGAGUCAGACUGUGAGCGCUUGAGCCAGAAUGGCUGACCCCUCUAUGUUGGUGACAGAGGGAGUGAUGCCCACACUGGCGUCAACAGACAGCUGUGUUCUGGAGGUCAGGAAGAAGUACGAGGUCAUUCCUUCAGUAGCAUGCACCAUGUGCUUUAUACUCGGAAUUGUCUACUGCUUCUGUGGGUACCGCUGUUUUAAAUUGGUGAUGUUCCUGUCUGGGCUUUCAUUCGGGACUGGCAUAGGCUACCUGCUAUGUCUCCGGGAGCAGCUGAUGGACUCGCCGCUGGACCCGGAGACACGGGCAGGCAUCUCUCUAGGUAUUGGCUUACUGGGAGGACUGGUGAGCAUACUGGUGCGCUGUGUGGGUCUGUUCCUCACUGGUCUCCAACUGGGCCUGCUGUUCUCCAUCACCGCUCUGCUGACAGCAGGACAGUAUUACCCCAUCCUCAGUCCUGUAUGGGUACCUGCAGGAACAGUGCUUGGAACUGGCAUAUUCUUCGCUGUGCUCACACUCUGCUGGCAGAGAAGCAUGACCAUGGUGGCUACGGCAACGCUGGGUGCUGCCAUCAUCAUGACAUGUAUGGAUUACUGCAUGGAGACACCAAUGAUGGCGUGGAGGGCAUAUGUGGGGCUGCAGAAGGACCAAGAAAAGGUGCUGUGCUGGUACAGUUGGGUGAUGUUGGGCAUCUGGCCUGGAAUAGCAGCUCUGGGAAACCUGGUGCAGCGUAAAUUCACUGCCAAAGGAAUGUCACACUCUGAAGUGAUAGCGAGUGGUAAACAGAAGCAACUCCAGCUGAUGAAGAUCAGACAGGUGGAUGCACGCCGGCGUCCAGAGGGAAAAUAUCGCCGCAGACCUCCACUUCUCAAACGAUACACAGGAGAUGUGCUCGCUCCGAGCUACCUGGCGAACCUGCGUGAGAGGCAGAUGAGCACGGGCUCGUCUGUGAGCAGUCUGAGUACUGUCUACCACACCAUGAUCGACUUUGACUUUGAGACUGGAUCCAUGGUGCCUCUCACACCCUCCUCACCUGCUGCGAUUAGGGUGUGAAUGAACUCAGAAACCUGCAUGCACGGACACUUGUGUACACACACACACAAACACACACGCUUGGGAAGAGAGCUCAAUAGAGCUCAGUGCCGACUGAGGUAAACAGACUGGAUGAGUGCUCUAGAGAGAGUGUGUGUUGACAACAUGGACUCUGAGUUGAAAAUAAUAAAGUCUGUGGAGUUUGCUGAACACUGGAUCUUCUCAGGAAUUCAGGGUGCAUGACUACAAAUAAAACCACAAAUACUCUAAAACUCUAACUCAAUACUUUUAAGACAACCCUUUUAGCAAUAAGUAUUAGGAAGGCACUAAUUUGUGUUCAGCUUUAAAUGUCAGACAUGAAACAAAACAAUUCUGACCAAUCCUGCCUGCUCCCACAGUUAUUUUUGGUUGUAUGUACCCACAGUGUUCUCUAAUGAACUUAAUUGGAUAUAUUUCCACAAAAUAUAAAUAAGUUAGUGAUUUAGACCACGGCAAGCAUGGCCAGGAUAAACAGUAACUAAAGAGGAAUGAAUGAAUGAAUGCAGUAAACAUGUAGUCUAAUGCCUCACAAGCACGACUCUACAUCCAUUACAUUCCUCUGUUAAUCGACAUGGCCUUUCUUUGUCCCGCAAGCUUCAUAUCUGACUUCCUGCUCCCACCUGCAUGAGAGUGAAAACCACCCACUCCCACAAUUUUUAGUCGGGCACGUCGGAUCCCGGCACACCACGAAGGAUGCUUUCACACCUAUUAGUCUAUCGGCCGAGUCCAAAUCAAGGCAAAAGUUAUACUGUUGGUUCACGUGCUGUUUGGUUUGGUUUCAAAAUGCACAUAUUUAAACAAUUUUUUUAAUUUUUUUUUUUUUUUUAGAAAAAGACGACGCUGAGGGACAUGUAGGGCUGAAAAUGGAAAAAUAUACGGAUUAAACACUGCAUUAAGGUGAAAGCACCCUAAUCCUAGAAUUUUACUACACACUCACUAUCAAACAGCACAAAUUAUAUCUCUGACCUCAGCUGUGGAUAAGGUGCUUUAUGAUCGCAUUUAUUUGCUCUCUCGCUCUCGCUCUCUUGGGAACUGGUUACAUUUACACAACUGCCUUCCCUAAGGAUUGUAUUGCUGUACAGUAUGUACUACAUUAGAACAAUUUGUUUGCCACACAAAUAAAACCAUGCUAUUCAUA